AUGGCGGCCCAGGAAGCCACUCCAUGCAGCCAGUGUGAGGAAAGCAGCUCUUUGGACCUGCCAUCUGCUUCUGACAUAAGAGACUACAUGCUACAGAAACCCAGCCAGGGAACCAACAGCGAGGCUUUGAGUUCUCUGGAAGCCUUUUCUUUUCCUGGCUCUUCUGAUGUGGAUCCAGACACCAGUAACCUAAAUACUGAACAGAAUGAUGCCGGGAUCUCUGAAAACUCCUGGCUUGACCCUUCUGUGAAAAGCCAACCAGAAACCCCGGAGGAGGAUGAACUUCGGAAAUCCUUGGAUAAAUUCUAUGAACUGUUUGGCCAUCCACCACCAGCAUCCCGAAACCCACUCUCCACAUCUGUGUUCCAGUGCCUGUCUCAGAAAACUGCUGAACUGAAGGACCAGGAGAGCCAAAAGUAUGCCCUCCGCAGUUUUCAAAUGGCACAGGUCAUCUUCAACCGGGAUGGCUGUUCUGUGUUACAGAGACAUUCUAAGGACGUCUCCUUCUACCCACUGGGAGAAGGAAAUGUCUCUCUGGAUGAUGAAAAGCCAAUCCCUGGACUUUCCAAAGAUAUUAUUCAUUUCCUCUUGGAGCAGAACAUGAUGAAAGAAUCCUAA